AUGCUCGGAAUCGCCGAUGGCUCCAUUCGUAACGUAACAAUCGUCGAAAUAGAUGAAGAUCGGGCAAACACUCUGCGCCGUGGGGUUGCAACCGGUCAAGUUCUUGCCGAGGCCGCCAUGCUGGCCCGGGAUCUGGUAAAUCAUCCCGCCAAUGUAAUGACGCCAACCCGCAUGGCCGACGCCGCGCGCGGCGUAGCCGAGGCAACUGGGCUGGAAUUUGACGUAAUCGAACGAGAGGGCAUGGUUGAGCAUGGCAUGGGCGCUUUGUUGGGAGUGGCCCAGGGCAGCGAGGAACCACCCAAGCUCAUCGUCCUGAAAUAUCACGGCGACCCCGACCAUCCCGAGAACAACCUUGGGCUCGUGGGCAAAGGCAUAACCUUCGACACCGGUGGGAUUUCGCUGAAACCAGCGGCGAACAUGGAGGCUAUGAAGGGUGACAUGGCCGGCGGCGCGUCAGUGAUAGCCGCGAUGAGCGCCAUCGGAACUCUCCAGCCCAAAAUAAACGUAACUGGCCUAAUUGCAGCGACGGAAAACAUGCCGGGAGGUCGCGCACAACGGCCCGGCGACGUCGUAACCGCAAUGAAUGGAAAGACCAUCGAGGUUAUCAACACCGACGCCGAGGGAAGGCUGGUUUCGGCAGAUGCCCUGUGCUACGCCCGCAAACUGGGUAUUACCCGACUGGUUGAUGUGGCCACCCUCACCGGCGCGAUCGUUGUUACGCUCGGAAAAGUGUGCACGGGAAUUAUGGGCAAUUCUGCGGCAUUGGCUGGCGGGAUCAAGUCUGCCGGUGAGAGGAGCGGCGAGCGUUUUUGGGAAUUGCCCAUGCUGGAAGAUUAUCGGGAGCUGAUACGAUCAGACGUGGCCGACAUGAAAAACACCGGUGGACGGCAGGCUGGUUCCAUUACAGCCGCCAUGCUGCUCCGCGAAUUGCCGAAGACGCCGAAUGGGUGCACCUCGAUAUCGCGGGAACUUCCACCUCGUCCAACAAUAAAGGGCAUCUGGUCAAGGGCGCAACGGGUGUCCCCACCCGCACGCUGGCGCAGCUGGCCAUUGCAUUGGCCAACGGCAGUUGAACCGAUAAUUUCUCUCGACGGCAUCGCAACGACACCCAGGAGGUGGACCCAUGCCCAACAGUAG